CCUGUUUGUUGUGAGUCGCGGACUCUUUUAUCGGUGACACCUAAAAAUGGCGGCGCACGUGAAAAAGGCAUUUUUGAUAAACAAGUUCAAAGACUCGAUUUGUUUUAUUCAGCGACGGAAUCGAGUUAAAACAAAAUGGGCCAGCACCAGAGCGAAGAUCUUAGCCUCAUCCCUCGCCCUGCAGCAUUUCGAUGCCACCUAUAAGAACUAUUUUGGGAAGCUGUGGCCGUCCGUUCGCCUGGCGAUGUUAUCGGAGCAGAAGUACGGAGCCUUGAUGAACAACUUCGCCUCUAACGCAGACGUGAUCUCGACUUUACGAUCUCAAGGCUGCAGAGACUUCACCAGAGAACGAGACAGACACGAGGUUUCGGAUGAACAAAAUGAUUGUUCUUCCACAGACCGGAUUCGUGUCAACCCGAAUAUCCAGUGUUUUGUCUUCCCGAGAGGGGACAUAACCCGAUUCAAACCUGCCAGACCAGACAGCACAGGAUUACUGAGUUAUUAUCUCCUGGACGCGGCUUCUGUCCUCCCCGUGUUGGCGCUGGAUGUCCAGCCGGGUCAAACCGUCUUGGACUUGUGUGCCGGACCUGGAGGAAAGACUCUCGCCAUCCUGCAGACGCAAGCCGUCCGGUUUUUGUGGGCCAAUGACUUGUCUGGGUCUCGCACAACCCGGCUGCAGAGAACGCUCCAGAGCUACGUGCCCAAAGAGCUGAGAAGUGACGACAAGGUCCGUGUCACGUCCCUUGACGGUCGCAAGUGGAGGAAUAUGGAAGAUGUGGAGUUUGACAGAGUGUUAGUAGACGUCCCCUGUACCACAGACAGACAUUCCCUGAUGGAGGAUGAGAACAACAUCUUUAAAAGAUCCAGGACUAAAGAGAGACAGAUGCUUCCUUUACUGCAGAUGGAACUCCUGCUGGCAGGGCUCCGGGCGACUCGUCCAGGCGGAGAGCUGCUCUACUCCACCUGCUCUCUGUCUCAGCUGCAGAACGAGUGUGUGGUGGAGCAGGCGCUCCGUCUCGCUCAGCAGGAGAUGGACAUCACGGCUCGAGUGCAGGACCUCAGCAGCUUCACUCGUCUCUUCUCAGACACGUUUCACUUCGCUCCUCGGCCGGCGCUCGGGGAACUCGUCCUCCCGCACUUGUGCGCAAAUUUCGGCCCGAUUUACUUGUGCAAACUGCUGCGGGUCAGCUGAAGAAGCUCGGCAUGCAUGUGUAGAUACGACCUGACUGCUUUCCCAGCUGUGUGUACGCUCAGUGCCGCAAUGCUGCCCCCUGCUGGUGUUAUUAAAAUGUCUUUGCAGAGCAAAACUGACUGAAUAGAUCAAAAUAAUGCUUCAUUUUCUUUACACAUUUUAUAUACGACUCGUUACAUCUACAAUCUUUUGCUCCACAUCUCACACACAGAUAAAGUAGUGACAGAACACUACAGUUAUUUACCUGAAAGAGAAACAGAUUGUUAUGGUCAAAUAAUAAUAAAGCUUUUGGAGUAA